GCCCAUCCCUAGUGUCCACGGAGCAGUGCAACAAAUAAUAAAUAAAUAAAUAGGCAGCACCCAGAGUUAAACGAAUUAAUUGCACCCCGCAGCUCGACAAGUGGGCUGGGGACCGAAAUCGCGAGUUAUCUGCUUCGCUGGUGCGGCUGCCACUGGUCCCGCCGUAUCAGUCGCUGGCUGGAGCGCUGGGAGCACGGAAGCCACACAAAUAGAAGCGCAUUUAGGGCACACCAAUCCGUCCGCUGCUGCUGCGGCAGCCCGGGGGUCAUCGGAUCAUCGGACUGCCAUGUCCUACUUCACGCACCCCGCCAGCAGCGACCUGGUCAACCUCAAUGUGGGUGGUCAGCGCUUUUCCACGUCGCGGCAAACGCUUACGUGGAUCCCGGACACCUUCUUCACGGCCCUGCUCAGCGGACGCAUCUCGAGCCUGAGGGACGAGCACAAUGCCAUCUUCAUUGACCGCGAUCCGACGCUCUUUUCGAUCAUCCUCAACUACCUGAGGACCAAGGACAUCGACAUUAAGAACUGCGAGAUCCGCGCCCUGCGGCACGAGGCGGAGUACUAUGGGAUCACACCGCUCACCAAGCGCCUGGCCCUCUGCGAGGACCUCAGCCACUCGUCCUGCGGCGAUGUGCUCUUCUACGGCUUCCUGGCAGCGCCGCCUAUGCCCUCCAACGAAGCCGUUCCAGCCGCCGCCGCCGUUGUGGACGAGCCAGUGCCCUCCACUUCGGCCAGCGCGGUGAGUGCUCGACCCGGGUCCAUGGUGCGGGUCCCGGAGCCCUCGCGUUCCUCACACUCACGCAAUUCUUCAUGGGAUCUGCGUCUGGGUCGCACCGGCAGCAGUGCCACCGGCCCCAAUCCGCCAGCUCCGAUGCUGCACUCCCGCAAUCCCUCGAUGGACUUUAUGCGGCACUCGCGCAACUCUUCUGCGGAUCUGAACAAGGUCUUCCGCAACGAAGUGGGCCUGGUGUUCAGCCCCACGCAGAACUCACACUGGGUGGACCCGAUGCGGGUGCAAAUCAUCAAGGCGCACCAGAACUGGAUAGCAGUGGCCUACGCUCACUUUGUGACCUGCUACCGCGUGAAGGACUCCAACGGUUGGCAACAGGUCUUCACAUCGCCCCACAUCGACGCCACCAUAGAAAGGAUCGCCAUCAACUCGAAGGUGAACACUUCCGCGGCGGAGCCAGUGCCCAGCAAGAUGGUAGCCAUAUCGUAUGGUAGUCAAAUCAGAUUGUGGAGCAUCCAGGAGGGCGGCCAGAAAACAGACGUGGGCACUUUUAAUCUAAACGUGCGGGUGGAGUACCUGUUCUUUAUCGGCAGCCAGCUGGUGGCGCUGUCCUCUUCCGGCAAGAUCGGCGUGUGGCACGCCAUGACCCAGCACUGGCAGAUCCAGGACCUGGUGCCCGUGCUCUCCUUCGACUCGGCCGGCUCGUUCCUGCUGCUGGGCUGCAACAACGGGUCCAUCUACUACAUUGACAUGCAGAAGUUCCCGCUCCGAAUGAAAGACAACGAUUUGCUGGUCACCGAGCUCUACAAAGAUGUCACCUUGGACCCAAUCACGGCCAUCUCGGUGUACCUUACCCCGAAAACCUCGAGCAUCAGUGGCAACUGGAUCGAGAUCGCCUAUGGAACCAAGUCGGGGGCGGUGCGUAUUAUCGUCCAACAUCCGGAGACAGCUGGCCAUGGCCCACAUCUGUUUGAGACUUUCUUCGUGCACCAGAGCCCCGUAACCAAGGUGAUGCUGUCGGAGAAGUACCUUGUCUCCGUGUGCAGCGAGUACCACCACGUGCGAACCUGGAGUCUCACCCGCUUCCGGGGAAUGCUCUCCACUCAGCCGGGCUCCACGCCGGAAGCCUCUUUCAAGAUCGUCUCGCUGGAGGCCACCGACACCAGCUACAGCUAUGCGGCUGGAAAUGAUUUUGGACCCUACGGCGACUACGACGACAUGAUAUUCGUGCAGAAGGUGGUGCCCGAGACGGACCAACUGUACGUGCGCUUGGCUUCCAACGGGGAUCGGGUGUGCGUCAUCCGAUCCGUGGACAGCUCCACAAUUUCGGCAUUCUGUGUGCACGAAUGCGAGGUAUCGUCGCGCAUGGGAUCCCGGUUCAUACUCACCGGUCACUGCAACGGCGCCAUCCAGAUGUGGGACCUUACCACCGCCCUGGCGCUGCUCUCCAAGGAUGAGCCGCAGCAGAAAAUCAAUGGCGGACCCGACACCAACGAGCUUCUCCGCCUACUUGACCAGUGUGAAAUCAGCAAUUCAUCAUGCACAACUCCUUGUAUGUCACCGUGUCUAUCAGUUAUGGGCAACGGCUCUGGAAUGGCCUCCUCCAUAGCCCGCAUGAAGGCCAGCAACAUAGCCCUGCUCAAUCGGGAACCGGCAAUCGCUGCCCAGGUGCAGCCACCCGCCCAUGUGCAACCUCCUCUUCCGGUGGCGGCAGUGGCGCCCGCUGAAAUCCCGAUGGCUGACGACAACAACGAAUGAGACGUGGAAGCGGCUGCUUGGUCGGCGCUUGUCGGGCGCGUUUCAUCGUUAACAUUUCACAGGUGUAGCAUGAUCUUCGACUACCAGUUUAUAUUCCUGCAGUUCGUGGUGUGCGCCCUCAUCUACGUCUGGGUGACGCGACUCACCCGCGGUCACACGACUGGGCCGUGACGGACUGCCAGCAGGCAUUUACCCAAUCAGAUAAUCUCCAUUAUAUGUGCUCGAUGUGGUUGCAAAUGCAAUGUGUAUCCCCGUUAACCCCUUUAUGUGCCCCGAACUACUUGGAUCGUACACUUAGUAAUUUUUAAAAUGUCUCUGUUCUAGUUAAAGUUAUGAAAAUUAGUUAAAACCAUAGUUAAAACAAUGUAAACCUGAGUAUAAGACUUCUGCAACCGAUCUAUAAUUAGCACAGCUCUUAAAGGGUGCUACACCGGGACAGACUCGAAACCUUAUCAAAUGGAGAUCAGUGGAUAAGAUUGGUUGCCCGAAACAAAGAAAGUUCAUUGAACAACAAAUUAGUUCUUUGUUACCACCUUCUCAACCUUGAAGAUUAGUAUUUGUGAUUUAAAAUUGAUUGUAUUUGGUGCGCCUGUCCUGGUGAAACCCCUCACAUCAAUAUAUUGAUCCGCCUUGUUGCAACCCGUAAGCAGAUAUACAUCUAUACAUAUGCAAUAUUAAUAAACAUAAUUGUAUACCUACAGAUAUCAAAA